AGCUGUGUAAGAUCUUCCAAUGCUGUCGUAUCAGAGUAUGACCGAGAGACAGCGCGAGCUGUACGACAGAGUCAAGAAUGCAAGUGGGAAGCUCAACCUGAGUCAAGUUGUAAACAGCAUUGGUGGGUGGUUUGCUGGGCAAGUCGGCCGGAACUUGAUGGCUUCAAUCGGUUUGACCAACGAGCUUGGUGAUGAGGAAGCACUGGCGAUUGCUGAGGCGCUCAAAGUGAACACGACGCUGACGUCUCUCAUUCUGGACUGCAAUCAGAUUGGGGAUGUUGGAGCGCAGGCCAUUGCUGAAGCACUCAAGGUGAAUACGACCUUGACAUGGGUCACUAUCUGGCAGAAUCAUAUUGGCGACGCUGGCGCGCAGGCCAUUGCUGAGGCACUCAAAGUGAAUACCACGCUUACUUGGCUCAGUCUGGACACGAAUGCGAUCGGCGAUGCUGGAGCGCGGGCGAUUGCUGAAGCAAUCAAAGUAAACAAGGCGCUGACAAGGCUCCAUUUGAGUAAGAACCAGCUUGGCGAUGCCGGUGCACAAGCGUUCGCUGAGGCGCUCAAAGUGAACAAGACGCUGGCGGAGCUCGAUUUGAGCGAGAACUUCUUCACCACGUCUGGAAUCAAUGCACUCAAACAAACGGGUAAUGCCAUUUGUAAAUUGAUCAAACUUAACUCCCAGCGAGUUCGAUCGCCUGCCGAAUUGACUCAGAUCGCAGCGGCAACUGAGAUCCAGCAAUUGCGCUCCGAGGUCGCUUCUAAGGAUCGUCGGAUCGCCUUCCUCGAGCAAAACAUCCCUAACGCACCCAUCCCACGAGUCCCUCUCGCCACUCUCGUCUCCGCCACGAACAAUUUUGCUGGUGAUACUCUGCUCGGCGAAGGAGCAUUUGGACCCGUGUACGACGCCAGGCUACCUUCAGGCCAACGCGUUGCCAUCAAGAGGCUGUCCGCCAAAUCGAUCCAAGGUUACACUGAAUUUAAAGCGGAAUUGGACACUCUUUCGAAAUUUCGUCACCCCAACAUCAUUACUAUUCUGUCGUAUGCCGAAUCCCACGGUGAAUACUGCUUGGUUUACGAGUUCAUGCCAAACGGUUCUGUGCGCGAUCGCUUGAAUCGCAAAAACGACACUCCUCCGCUGACCUGGUCUCAGCGCCAUCGAAUUGCGGCCGAUGUCGCCCGCGGCAUGCACUAUGUCCAAACCGCCUUUCCUGACCAUGUUCUGUUCCACCUCGACCUCAAGACCGACAAUGUUCUGCUGGACGCACACUUCAGUGCGAAAGUUUCUGAUUUUGGCCUCGUUCGUGCUGCCACGCAUCUCGAUGUCAAGAACUAUAUUCGCACCCAGAAUGUUCGAGGCACCGUGAGCUACAUGUGUCCGCAACUCCUCGAGUCAGGCCGCAUGACCACCAAGACAGAUGUCUACGCCUUUGGCAUGAUUUUGCUUGAGCUGGUGACUGCAGCCAACCCCGGCACUCGGCUGAAAUCAAUCGCGCGGAGAGCUGUUGACGGUGAGACCACCAUUGAGUUGCUGGACUCGGCCCUCGAUCGAAAUGCAGUCGAGCGCCAGAGCGUCAGCAACAUUGUCACGCUUGCGCUCGAGUGUCUUGACGACGAAGCUGCCGAUCGCCCAUCUUUUGGCAGUAUCAUUGUUCAAUUGGAUCCUUGGUCCAGUGACAUGCAAAGCACAGCGACAAAAGCUGCAUCACAUGUCGCAGAAAAACUGAUUUCAUCCGGCCGGCAAGAACUACAGGUGACAGCAUCGCAGCUUUCCAUAGAAAGUACACAACUCUCAAGAAUUGUCACAACGAUCCCAUCAAUCGCCACCACCAUUCCGCGAGUGUCGUUGCAAGUUCUGUCGCAAGCAACAGCGCAGUUUUCAGAGUCCAGGCGCAUCGGUGGCGGUGGAUUUGGCAGCGUCUACUCUGGUGUGUGGAGCGGUCAGCGAGUUGCGGUCAAACGGUUGGCAGCAGAUUCGAUGCAAGGCGUGGCUCAGUUCGAGUCAGAGCUGGAAGCCCACGCGCGUUUCCGUCACCCGAACAUCGUCACCAUCAUGUGCUAUGCUCAGGAAGGCAACGAGCGCUGCUUGGUCUACGAGCUGAUGACGAACGGUUCUGUUCGCGAUCGUCUCGAUCGCAAGGGUGGCAUGGUCGCAUUGAGUUGGCAGCAGCGCCGAACCAUUGCCACCGAUAUUGCAAACGCCAUGCACUUUGUCCAGACUGCCAUUCCGCGUCAGCCGCUGUUCCACCUGGAUCUCAAGACGGACAAUGUGCUAUUGGCCGCUGACUUUCACGCCAAGGUCGCCGAUUUCGGUCUGACACGCUCCAUGCCAGCUCAAGUGGAUGUUCACAGCUACAUCAAAACGAAAACAAUUGCAGGAUCAUACAAGUACAUCUGCCCACAGUACCACCAGGAAGGCAAAGUCUCCAUCAAAACGGACGUGUACUCGUACGGCAUGAUUCUGCUUGAGCUGCUGACUGGGAAGCAGCCUGGUAUCGAGCUCGGAAGCGCAGUGAAACGUGCGCUGAAAAACCAUGGUCGGCUCGAUUCGGAGUUGGAUACGUCGGUCGUGUGGGGCGUACCAGAGAGUGUAUUUGCUACCGCACUCGCGCAUCUUGCGCUUGCUUGCCUCGAGUUCGAUGGAGUUGAUCGACCCUCGUUCGGCGAGAUCCUGAAACGAUUGUCGGGGGCUGAAACUGGGUUAAACGAGGAACGGACGAUCGAUGACGCUCGGAUGACAGCUUUCAGUCAAACGGACCUCGCUGCAAAAAUUCAGCAAUUGCGCUCCGAGCUCGCUGCCAAAGACCAGGAGCUGGCUGCCAAAAAUGAGGAGUUGCAGCAACUUCGCUCAAGUCUCGUUGUUAAGGAGCUGAAGCACGCUGUCCAAGGCCAGGAACUGCAACAUUUUCGCUCAAAUCGCGCUGCCACAGAUCAGGGGCUGCAACGACAACUUGGCUCCGAUCUCCCGGUCAAAAGUCAGAGGCGCGCUCCCAAGAAUCAUGACUCGAAGUCGGCUUUCGAUCGGAUCGACGUGCUUAAGCGCCACCAACCCGGGUCAAAUCUAGCCAAACCCAUUCCUCAAGUUUCUCUCGCAGCUCUUGUCACCGCCACGAAUAAUUUUGUGGAUGAUUCUCUGAUCGGCAAAGGAAAAUUUGGUCGUGUGUACGGCGCCAGUCUUUCCGGCCAACACGUCGCCAUCAAGAGGCUGUCCGCCGAAACAAUCCAAGGCUAUAUCGUAUUUCAAUCGGAAUUGCAUUCCCUGUCGCAAUUUCGUCACCCCAACAUUAUUGCCCUUCUAUCCCAUGCCGAAAGUCACGAUGAAUAUUGCUUGGUGUUCGAGUUUAUGCCAAACGGUUCUGUGCGUGACCGCUUGAAUCUGAAGAACAGUACUCCUCCGUUAACUUGGUCCCAGCGCCAUGGCAUUGCGGUUGGUGUUGCUAGUGGGAUGCACUACAUCCAGACAGCCUUCUCUCCUGGUCAUGUUCUGCUCCAUCUCAACCUGAAAACUGACAAUGUGCUUUUGGAUGCGAAAUUCAACGCAAAAGUCUCUGAUUUUGGCCUCGUUCGUGCUGCCUCCCUCGAUGAGAAAAGCGACCUUCGCACCCAGAGUAUCCAAGGUACCGUUCCUUACAUGUCUCCCGAGUUCUUUGAUGAAGGCCUCAUGACCACCAAGACGGAUGUCUACGCCUUUGGUAUGAUUCUGCUCGAGUUAAUGACUGCCGCCAAGCCCCGUCCCAGACUGAAGUCGGAAGCGCGGCACGCUAUUAAAUACCAAACCGUCAAUGAGUUGCUGGACUCGGCCUUCAAACCAACGGAAGUCGAGCUCCAGAGUGCCGUCAAGCUUGUCGCUCUGGCACUCGAAUGUCUGGAUGAAGCUGCCGAUGAUCGCCCAUCUUUUAGAGCCCUUAUCGCCACACUGGUUACUCGAUGACAAGCAGAAGUUGUUGUUUUGCCGUUUCAGUUCUGGAUCAGGUUGCGAAUGUCGAUUCUUUGAGAUGAGCGGGGUGCUCUCCUUCUUUCACUUGACUCUCUGCACAUGUCCUUUCCGCUCUCAUGUCGCGUGUUCUUUUUACGUGGUGCUCAGACACAAGUCGAAAUCACACUUGACUUCUUGUUGACUUUGUGUCUGUUCGUUUCUCAGAGUUUCUUGCUGUCAUUGUUUCACAAAAAAUCCUUGUCCAUUUCCCCCCCC